AUGAGGGAUCGGGUUGGGAGAUAUGAUAAAUACACACCUCUUAAUGCUUCGCGUUCUCAAAUCUGGAGAGAAGUAGCCAUGACGGAGAUGAAGAAGGUGGACAGACCCCGGCCCAUAUUUGACACAGGAGGUUUGGAUAAGUCCAAAUAUUGUGCUUUCCAUGAUGGACCGGGACAUACAACUGACCAAUGUUGGGAUCUCCGAGAUGCUGUGGAGAAAUUUGUAAGAGAUGGACGGUUUCGUCAAUACGUGAUGAAAACCCAAGGGUCCAAAAUCAACAAAAGAAAGGCGGGAAAUAGAAAGAGAAGUAGAAGCCCGGUUCCUAAAAAGAAGAAUAAGGAUGAACGAGAUCGCAAAGGUGAUCCCAACUUUGACGAGUUCCCAGAAGCGGAAUUUGAUUGCAAUGUAAUCAGUGGAGCCCUUGGAGGAGGUGGAGACACCAUAAGUGCAAGACGAAAGUACUUGAAGGAGGUCCUUUCAAUUCGGGAUCGCCCCAUAUUCAAGGAGGAUUCAAGCAAGCCAGAUCCCCCUUUGCUUUAUUUCACAAAGGAGGACAUGCAUGGCGUGUUACCCGGGCAUGUUAACAGACUUGUUAUAGCAGGUACUCUGGUAAACUGCCGGGUUAAGAAAAUUUUUGUUGAUGUAGGGAGUAGUGCCGACAUCAUCCUAUGGGACGCUUUCAAAAAGAUGAACCUUGAUGAGGAGAACCUCAAACCUUGCAAAACUACUUUGAUAGCCUUUAAUGAGAAACAUACGCCCCCUAAAGGCUAUGUAGAUCUCAGGUUGACCUUGGGAACCAAAGAAGCGUUCAAAUCAGAACGGGUAAGGUUCAUAGUGGCCGAUUUCCCAUCAGAAUAUAAUAUAAUUCUUGGCAGGCCAACUAUACACUAG